UGGAGUUUAGUGGUUUAGUCGCGCUUUUCGCAGAAUUGUAGCGAUAAGAUCGGGGAUAAGAUGAGUUGCGUAACUUAGCAGCACCGUCUCCUAACUAGGUACGAGUAUGCACAGUCCGGAAACGUUGAGACCUUGAAGUUAAAAGUCAAACCAUAGUCGAACUGUCGGACUACGUGCCUGCCUCGGGGCGUUUUGGCGUCCUUCCUGUCGUACGGUGCCGGUGUCGCGCACACGCGCGACAUUGAAAGCUUGACUCACCGAGUAGUGUUUGACGCAACAGAAAGCAAAAUCUUUCAAGCAUGGCUUCCAAGCGUAACCUGAAAGGAACUACACCGGGAAAGAAGCCAGAGGAGAAGCGAUACAGCCAGUUUCCAAGGGACUCCAUUAGCUUGUUUGCAGAGUCCAGCGGAAUAACUGGCGUUUCCGAUCAAGCCCUCAGCCUCCUCACUGAGGAUGUCAAUUAUAGACUUCGUGAGCUAGCCCAGAACUGUGGCCAGUUCAUGCGGCACGCUAAAAGGCGCAAGCUAACUUGCAAUGAUAUGGAGCGGGCGCUACAUUGGAGUGAUUCACAGCCCUCUUACGGAUGCAGUGGAGAUGAGCCGCUUCCGUUUCGGCACAUCCGAGAGGCUGAUGUCUUCUGCAUGGACGACAGCAUUGUGGACUUGGCAGAUGAGUUGGACUCACCUCUUCAGCUUGACCUGCCACCAGAGCCAACUGUCCAUGGACGCUGGUUGGUUGUGGAAGGCGUGGCACUUGAACCAGACCUCGACAAGCCUAUGCCUGCAGUCCAAGAAACAGAUGGCAGCAAAGCUAUUCACACGGACGUCAAUGCCACCCACAUGCAGUACUACGAGGAGAUUACCAAGGCUCUGCUGGGCAGUGACAAGCAGCUUGUCGACGUUGCCUUGGAGGAUCUGGCCAGUAACCCCUGCCUGAGCCCACUGCUCCCAUACUUGGUGCACUUUGUCUCGCUUGGGGUUCGCAAGCUUAGUCAUGACCUUGCCAGCCUGGACCGGUUACUGCAUGCCAUUGGUGCCCUGGCCCAGAACACUUCGCUGAAUUUGGAUACCCUGCCCUACCCGACAAUGGUGGUGCAAGCACUUCUUUUCUGCCUGCUGGAGCCACUGGCUGCCGCCAUCAACCCAGCCAAUGACCACUGGGCGUUGAGGGAUAAUGCAGCACAGCUGCUUGCUGCCUUGCUCAGGUUUUGGGCAGACCGUGUGGCAGGCCUUGAAAACCAGGUGUUGGACGCACUGGGGGAGUGCGUGAGGGACCCCUCAUUGAAGCCCCUGUGCGCCCAGUAUGGGGCUGUGUCGGGACUGACUGCUCUGGGUGUGGAGGCACUGCAGCUGGUUCUGGGGCCGCAUCUGGGAGCCUACUGGGGCCACCUGGAGGCCGUUCUCGCCGACUGUAGGCCAGCCAAUGCACAGGCCCAGGCAGAUGCCACUAGAGUACACGGGGCACUCCUGUUGGCGGCCGAGAAGCUCGUGAAGGAGCAGCGUCGCGUGAUGACCAAGAGCGAGUUGCCCGGUGCCUCUUACGAUCUCCUGUACGACUGUUUUGGGGACGCACUGGCAUCGAGGCUGCCUCUGCUGUAUGGAGUGGCCCAGCACCUCUACACACCACGGCAGGCCCCGCUGAAAGCAGCAUGUGGACAAGGCAGCCCUACGGGUGAGCAGUUGCUUGAGGCCUUCUACGAGGAAGAGCGCAGCCCCUCCGCGGCGGACGAGGACAACAACUCGGAAGAGAGCAACCUCAGUGGGCCACCACCCAACAUCCACCCCCAGGUCAAGAGCACCAUAUCAGACCCUGCAAGAGGAAUCCGCCUGACCAUUGCACUACGAAGGCCUCCAAGUGAAUCAAAGCAGCCACGCAAGAAGCGCCCCCCGGGGGCAAGUCCACACCGUGAGCCCCCCUUUGAGGGGGUUCCUUGGACACCCCCGCCACGCCGAGCAACCAUCAACAUCUGUUUCGAAGGUGCAAUGCCGGUGGUCCGCCCGACACCGGAUCCACCGGCACCGGCCGAGGGGGAGUGGCGCACAGCCCAGCUGAGUCGGCGCAUGGGACGAGUGGGGCGGGGAGCACGAAGACGCAGAGCGUACCGAGACAGACACACCGGUGCCGGCAUCGACGCAAUCCUUUGAGCAAAGCAUGGCUCUUCUGCAAGCAGCUGAGUUUCACGAGGAAAAGGUGACACUUGGAGAAGGCACCAGGGCAGCUGCGGAUCCUGAAAGCGGAGCCGGCAAGCUGGCCUUGCACGUCCACUGCUCGUUUUCCAGGCAAAGGAUGCGGCUUCCGGAAACCACCAACAAUUGGCCGCCUGUGAUUAAGAC